AUGCCACACGCGGCGGCAGCGGCGCGAGGUGCGAGCGGCGUGGCCUCAAGAGCCCCUUUGCCCUCUCUCCCGCCGCAGCCUGGGAGCCGCUCGCCGCCCCUGUGCCGGCGCGGGCCACCCGCCCACGGGGGCAUUCCGGGACCCGCCGGGCAGCCGAUGCGGGAGGAGGACAUGCAGCACCUGGAGAGGCAGCUGGGGAGCCUGCGGGUGAUGCACGAGGCGCAGCCGCUUCCAGGGGGGCCGCAGGCGGAGCUGAUGCCGCCCGUGCCGCUCUCCGCCCCGCCGGCGCCCCGGCGCUUCGCCCUCGCCCAGCAGGACGCGCCUGCCCGCGGCAGCCGGUCCCCCCCGCUGCCGAGGAGCGCUGCCCCACCACCAGCAACCCUGAGCGGCCGGGAGGGCCCCGGGGCGGGGGGAGCCGGGGGCAGCCCCGGUGCCCAGCACGACGCCCGGAGCGAGAUCCUGGGCUGCGGUGUCUCCGUCCGCAGCCUCAAGGCCAACUACGAGGGGCCGGGGGGACCCCCCGCACCUCCUCCCAGGGUCACUAAGCGCAAGCGGGUGCAGCCCCCUGGUAGCACCCGCCGGCCCAUUCUGGAGGAGGAGUACGGGGAUGGGGCGCUGCGGAGGAGCAGGCCAGCGCUGCCAGAGCCGAGCAGCCCGCAUGAGCGCACCAAGGGGUGCAAGGAGCGCGCCGUCUUCCUCUUCCUGGAGCACUGGAAGAAGCGGGCACUCGCGGCAGGGCCCGGGGAGGAGCGGCCGCGGCGGCCGGGGAGGCGGCGACCGGCGGCGGGGCGGCUGCUGGCCCGCUGGAGGAGUGUUGCCCGCCGGGUGCCAGGGCGCCAGAUCCGGCGGCUGAGCCGCGCCACGGUGCUCUACUGGCCCCAACACUUCCUGCCGCACGUGGGCGGCUCGCCCAUGCCCCACGACAGCCUCCCGCUCGACCUCUUCAUGCUGGGCUACUUCCAGCUGCUGGAGAUGCCCCUCAGCCCUGAGGAGCGGCGCUUCCGCCACCUCCUCUGCUACGAGAUGUUUGACCGCCUGGGCAGCCACAGCUGGCACCGCGUCCGCCGCUUCCACCGCACCGUGCUGGAGCAGGUCGAGGCUGGCCACCGCCACUGGCUUGACGGCUUUGAGGACCUCGUGCAGGAGUUUUUUGGGGAUGACCCUCUGGCAGAGAGCCUGCCAGAGCCCCCCGCCGUGGCCCCGGAAGGGCAGGGGGCAGCAGUGCCGGUAGCGGAGCUGGGAGAGUUCAGCGAGGAGGACGUCUGCCGCUUCAUUGACCGCAGCUUCUCCUUCUGGAAGGAGAAGGAGGCGGAGAUGUUCGACACCUGAGUCCAGCGGGAUGCUGCAGGCUGUGCCAGUGGUGUGGCAUGGGGCAGCAGCAAGCUCAGGGGACAGCUGUGGGCUGGCGCCCGGGUGCGCUCGCCUGCCUCUGCGGCUCGUGGUGCAGCUGAGCCCG